AUGAUAAAUUACAUACAAUCUUCCUUUAAAGAUAACCAAGAUAUGUUAAAGUUAUAUGAAUACGUCGAAGAUAACGUUUACGAGCAUCAAAAUUCUUCAACAAACUACAUCAGUACAUCAAUUCUUCCAUUUCCAAUGGAUAUUAUUGAUGUUCAAAAAUGGAACGAAUUAUACGAUUAUUGUAACGAAACAUAUGCUGCUCUAUUUAAAUUUUGCAUGGAUAAAGGCUACACGCCAUAUUAUAGGAUUUAUAGAAAUGAUGACUCUACAUUUUAUUAUCCAAAUACAAAUUAUUAUUUUAAAAAGCCGGUUGUCAACAAUGGGUUGAUUGAUUACAGAAGAUAUUCAGAGAACGACAAAAUUUUUGCGGACUACAUUCUGUUUGAGCGUGAUUUGGAAAACAUUAGUACGUUUCCCAUUGAUGAUGAAACCAAAGAAGGAUAUGGUUAUAUAAAUUUCACAAACUAUUAUAAAUGGGCUAAAAUUGCCAUUGAUAGAGAAUAUGAUGAGCAGAAAUAUAUAGAUUAUUUCACACUUGACGACUUUCCUCUGAAUCGACUUAGAAAGUUAUUAAUGCUUUUGCUCAAUGAUUUACCUGAAUUAUAUCGAAGGCAGAUCGAUGGAAAAGAAAAUAUAAAGCGUUGGAUUGAAUACAAUCAGAUUUUACGAAAAUAUUGUACAAUAUUGAUCAAAAAGUGUGAAGAAAGUCAAAGAGUAUCAUUGUCGCUGUAG